UUCUCUGUAGCACAGACAACAACCAAUUUUUUUAAAUGAGAUUUUUCUAUCCCACCAAUUCAGUGGUUGUUAUUUGUAAAUUUACGACCAAGUGAACUUAACUAAAAAUAAAGCUCAAAUCAAAAGAAAGAAAUAAAAAAAAUUAAAUUAACUAUUUACAAAUAUGAGUGGACGUGACAAUCGUGGCAGCGGGCAUCAUCAGCCUCUAAGCAAUGCCAUGGGAAAAAUUAAGGAUAGAUUAUCAAGAGAUGAUCAGCCAUAUCAGAGAGUGGAUUUGGACGAGGCAGCCACACUAUCAAACUCAAAUACAGCUACAAGUCUGGAUACAAUAUUACCGGAGGAUCCAUUUUUAUUUUCUUCUCAUAACAGACCAACAGCUUCGCAGCAGCAACCUAUACAGCAACAGCAGAAGCAACAACGACGCUUUGAAACAGAAAUACCAUUGCAGUUCGGACCCAUUAUUGAUGCAGAUGAUAUUAACGAGCCUCCUUUACCAGUGAGCGCUAAAGCGACUAAGAUACAGGAACCUGCACCCUUACCUUUACCCCCGCCGCCUUCUUCACAGCACUCGCACAGGGAUCACCACACACGGAGUGUUGUUUCAAUACCCAGCGAAGACUUGCAGCGCAGUAAACAGUCCCUUAAAGGAUCUCGCGUAUCGUUUGAAAAACGGCGUGCCAACGACAGUAGUGAUGAAGAUAGUUUUGAAGAAAAACGUUCUGGCUUUCAACAGCAAAAAGCUGUGAGUGUAGAUCACAAAGGUAUUCUAAAGGAUCUUCGGACUAUAUUGGCCAAUGAUAAUAGACGUCAGUUUCAAGCGAAAAAACAUGUAUCGUUAGAUCUAAAGGGGACACGUUAUUUGAAAGAUCUAUUAAAAGAAUCGUCAUCUGAGGAAGAAUUUCGUAAAAAUCGACGCGAAUUUCAGGGUCGUAAACAUCAAAGCUUAGAUCCGCGUGUAAGUUUUAAAUUGGAAAAGGUGUUGCAAGGAUCAAGCGAGGAUAGUGAUGAAGAAAAUGAUGACGUUGAACAAAAACGUUUAAUACACCGUCCCAAAGACAUAACAAAACCGGUUAUUAUUGAUUUAAAGGAUUUAGAAAGUGAAAGCGAAGAGGACUACGUGUCUUCCAGACAGCACUUUCAACAGCAACGCUCCAUUAGUACCGAUUCCAGAAAGAGUAUUCGUUUUUUUGAAAUGGAUGAAAUGGGCAGUAAAAAGGGUGAAAAUUUACGCACUGCUGUACCUUUUGUCAGACAAAUUACGGAGGAUGGUAAACCAAAAUUGGAAGUUUACAGACCUACCACAAAUCCCAUUUACAUAUGGACUCAGGUAUUAGCUGCAUUCAGCGUUUCCUUAGGUUCUUUGGUGGUGGGUUUUGCAUCAGCAUAUACGUCACCCGCCUUAGUUUCGAUGACGGAUCGUAAUAUUACGUCUUUUGAAGUAACAACGCAAGAUGCUUCUUGGGUAGGUGGUCUUAUGCCGUUAGCUGGCCUGGCUGGUGGAAUAUCUGGCGGUCCUUUUAUUGAAUAUCUGGGUCGAAGAAACACAAUUCUUGCUACAGCUGUACCAUUUAUAGUAUCGUGGUUACUCAUUGCUUGUGCUGUAAAUGUUGGCAUGGUUUUGGCUGGUCGCGCCUUGGCUGGAUUUUGUGUUGGUAUCGCCUCAUUGUCUUUGCCUGUUUAUUUGGGCGAAACAAUACAGCCGGAAGUACGAGGCACAUUGGGUCUCUUACCGACAGCUUUCGGCAACAUUGGUAUUUUAGUAUGUUUCGUAGCAGGCACUUAUAUGGAUUGGUCGAAGUUGGCAUUCUUAGGCGGUGCAUUACCAGUGCCAUUCUUAAUAUUAAUGUUCCUUAUUCCUGAAACGCCACGCUGGUAUGUAUCACGAAAUCGAGAAGAAAGAGCACGUAAAGCAUUGGUGUGGUUACGCGGCAAAGAAGCUGAUGUGGAACCAGAACUCAAGGGUUUGAUGCGUUCUCAAGCAGAUGCAGAUCGACAAGCGACAAAAAAUCAGUUUAUGGAACUGCUUAAACGCAACAAUCUGAAACCACUCUCUAUAUCCCUUGGUUUAAUGUUUUUCCAACAAUUUAGUGGCAUCAAUGCUGUAAUCUUUUAUACAGUACAAAUAUUUAAAGAUGCCGGAUCAACGAUUGAUGGUAAUAUCUGUACCAUUAUUGUGGGUGUGGUGAACUUUAUAGCAACUUUUAUUGCUACCGUUUUAAUUGAUCGUUUAGGCAGAAAGAUUCUUUUAUAUAUCUCAGAUGCAGCUAUGAUUGUUACACUUUUUGUAUUGGGCGGCUUUUUCUAUUGCAAAUCAAGUGGCAUAGAUGUUUCAAAUGUUGGCUGGUUACCUUUGGCUAGUUUCGUCGUUUAUAUUCUGGGCUUUUCUUUGGGUUUCGGACCCAUCCCAUGGUUAAUGAUGGGUGAAAUUUUGCCCGCUAAAAUAAGAGGUUCUGCUGCCUCAGUAGCCACUGCAUUUAAUUGGUCAUGUACAUUUAUUGUAACCAAAACCUUCCAGGAUAUGAUAGAAUCUAUUGGUGGUCACGGAGCUUUCUGGUUGUUCGGAGUUAUUUGUUUUAUCGGCAUGUUCUUUGUUAUUCUAUAUGUUCCUGAAACUCAGGGCAAAUCCUUAGAAGAUAUUGAACGUAAAAUGAUGGGACGUGUAAGACGUAUGUCAUCCGUAGCUAAUAUUAAACCACUAUCAUUCAAUAUGUAGAAAUAAUAUAAAAUCUUGAUAUUGUAUAGAAUAGUAGAUGGCUCCUCUCAUUACCCAUUUAAACAAUAUUUUAAAUAGUACAUACAUACAUGCAUACAUGAUUAAAAACCAAAUAUAAAUGUAAGAAUUUAGUUAAGCAACUCUGUUAAAAUCUAAAAAUAUAUUUAAAAAGGCAAAAUGUAUACGUUUGUAAAUGCGCCAUGAAAGAAAAGCUUUUCCUUUCUUAAUGGACUAGCAAGUUUUACUAAGUAAUUGGUAAAUUACAUUGUUUUCAUAUUUUUAAAUAAUUGUAACUUAUAUAAUUAAUGUGUAUUGACAAAAAAGAAUUUUUUAUUAAUGUAGUUUCUAAUAAAUCAUGAUAAUGUGUUUAAAAUAAAUAAAAAGAUUUUUAAAUGCUUAACCUGAAACUUAA